GAAGCAGUAAGCAGUAAAGAAGAGAAUUUGCAAUCGCCAUCUUGUUCUAGUAUUUCCAUAUUUAAGUAGUGAAUAAUCCUCAAAUAAUUGUUAUUCUCGACGCUCAUACUCCAUUUAAAGGUUUUUUUUUAUCUUAAUAGAACUUUCCUUACCCCAUAUUUUUUUAAGUUUGACUUUUGUGACUUGAUUUUGAAGCUUUGAAAUGUUUAUGGCUUCGUAAGUUGUGACCCUGAACGACCUAAUCAGUUGCAGUUUCCAGCUCUAAUUUGCGAGAUUACAACACUCAGAGUAUGGCUGAAGACUUCGAUAUCGAAGCCUUGCUAGAAGCUCCAUACAAUAAAGGGGACGAGAGCAAUGGAGGAAGGAACAAGGAGAACGGAACUUCGCACAACACCAAAUCUGCAUCUGGCAGUGACGAAAAGGACCGCAGUCGAGAUGAAAGAAGAGAUCGCAGGAGUAGAGAUAGGAAGCGUAGCCGCAGCAAAGAAAGAAAACGCAGUCGUAGUAGAGACAGAAAACGCAGUCGAAGUCGUGACAAGAAACGCAGCAGGAGUAGGGACAAGAAGAGAAGCAAGAGCAGGGAUAAGAAAAGGAGUCGCAGUAGGGAAAGGCGGCGCAGUCGCAGUCGGGACCGUGGCAGUGGCAGUGGUAGGAGAAAGCGCUCUCUCACUCCAAUAUUGCUGCCUGGACGCCGUGAACCCUACCCUCGCUUCAAGAAGUCCUCUCCACCACUCGGAUUGCGGAGUGGGCCGGUGCUGGACGACCUUUCCCCAGAGGAGAGAGAUGCUCGGACCGUGUUUUGUAUGCAGCUGUCACAGCGGAUCAGGGCUCGGGACUUGGAGGAGUUCUUCUCAUCUGUGGGCAAAGUGAGAGAUGUCAGGAUGAUCACAUGCAACAAGACCAGGAGAUUCAAAGGCAUAGCUUACAUUGAGUUUAAGGACCCUGAAUCUGUCAAUUUGGCACUUGGGUUGAACGGCCAGAAGCUGCUUGGAGUUCCAAUCAUUGUACAACAGACGCAGGCUGAGAAGAACAGAGCUGGCAACUCAAUGCCCAAUGUGAUGCCUCGGGGGAUGCCAGGCCCCAUGCGGCUCUACAUUGGCUCCCUGCACUUCAACAUCACCGAGGACAUGCUGCGUGGAAUCUUCGAACCAUUCGGCAAAAUUGACAGUAUCCAACUUAUGACUGACAGCGACGGACGGUCAAAGGGUUACGGUUUCAUUACAUUCCACAACUGUGAGGACGCCAAGCGUGCGCUGGAGCAGUUGAACGGGUUUGAGUUGGCAGGUCGGCCGAUGAAGGUGGGCACAGUGACGGAGCGCACAGAUCUGUCCCAGGGUCCCUCGAUGUUGGACAAUGAUGAGCUGGACCGCAGUGGCAUAGACUUGGGCGCGACGGGCCGCUUGCAUCUCAUGUUCAAACUAGCUGAAGGUACUGGCAUGCAGAUCCCACCGGCUGCGGCGUCUGCUCUCAACGUGUCAGGCAUGCCACUGCCUGUGGUGGCCCAGCCUACGCCACCCAUCGCCACACAGUGCUUCAUGCUCAGCAAUAUGUUCGACCCCCUGGCAGAGAACCAGCUCAACUGGGACCAGGAAAUCAGAGAUGACGUCAUUCAAGAGUGUAACAAGCAUGGAGGCGUGCUGCACGUCUAUGUAGACAAGGCAUCACCACAGGGCAACGUUUACGUCAAGUGUCCCAACAUCAACACUGCAGUGGCUGCGGUCAACUCCCUGCAUGGUCGCUGGUUUGCUGGACGAGUCAUCACAGCGGCGUACGUUCCUCUUGUCAACUACCAUAGCUUAUUCCCAGAUACCAUCGCCCAGAUGGCGCUACUCGCUCCUACAAGAGUAACUAUGUAAACUGUACAUACCAAAAGUAAUGGCUGUUCUAUGUAUUUUUAAUUUUUAUGAAGCAGAAAAUGUAUAUUUCUUUUGCGUGUUUAGUGUGACUCAAUCGCACAUGAUAUUUUUAUUGUAAAUAGACCGUACAUAAUACAUCAUUGUUAAAUACA